AUAUAGUCUGUGGGUCGAAAUUUAUGAUGGUGGGUGAUAGCUUACAGAAAUUUUUAUGUUUUAUGUUUUUGCUAGUUAUUACUUGUUACUGAAGAAACAGGGUUAUGAAUUAAAACGUCGUUAUUUAUAUUAUUUGUGCAGUUCUUCACUAUAAGAAAAGUAUAAAAAUCAGAGGAAUGUGAUUUAUUUAUAACAAGGUGCAGUUAAGUACAAGAUAGUGAAGUGUUCCUUUAAAAUGCCUUUCAAUUUUUUAUGUUGUGUGAGGCCUGGUGUUGAAGAUAUAGUAGAAUUAGAUUAUUCUCAUCAGUCCUUGACAGAUGUACCCACAGACGUUUUCAUUUACGAGAGAACUUUGGAAAAAUUGUUAUGCCAGUGUAAUCGUAUCACGGAGUUACCACGACAAUUAUUCAUGUGCCAUGGCUUAAAGUAUUUAGAUCUAAGUGAUAAUGAGUUACAAGCAAUACCAUCAGCCAUUUCUUCAUUAGUUAAUUUACAAUAUUUGAAUAUUAACAGAAAUACCUUAGCUUCCAUUCCUGACAGCAUGAAGGCACUCAAACAUUUAUUAUUUUUAGAUCUUAGUGUCAAUCCAUUAGAAAAGUUGCCUGACACUAUCACUAAUCUUAUAGCCUUACAGGAGUUGUACCUUAAUGACACAUACCUUGAAUAUCUUCCCGGAAAUUUUGGACGACUUGCACAUUUGCAUAUUCUAGAGCUUAGAGAUAAUUAUUUAAUGAUAUUGCCCAAGUCUUUGUCUAGAUCCACAGAAUUAUUAAGAUUAGACAUUGGACAAAAUGAGUUCCAACAAUUCCCUGAAGUCAUUGGAAGAUUCUUAAAAUUGAAGGAAUUGUGGAUUGAUGGCAAUAGCUUUACAAGCAUAUCAUCUGUUAUAAAACCAUUAGAGAAUUUAGUGCAUUUGGAAGCUAGUAAUAAUAUGAUAGAUGAAUUGGCUCCGGAGAUUGGUAACUGUACACAAUUGCAAGACUUAUGUUUAUCAAUAAAUAACUUGACUCACUUACCAGACACCAUAGGUAAACUUAGUAAUUUGACAUCAUUGAAAUUAGAUAAUAACAGACUAUAUUCCAUUCCAGAAAGUAUAGGACAGCUAAAGAACUUAGAAGAACUUAUGUUGAUGUGCAAUUACUUAGAUAACCUUCCAUCAUCAAUUGGACUUCUAAGGAAGCUACAAUAUCUUAAUGUAGAUGAAAACAUGCUGAGAUUUAUCCCACCUGAAAUAGGGAGCUGCAGCAAAUUAUCUGUACUAUCACUAAGAUCAAAUAAAUUAGCUAAAGUACCACCUGAAGUUGGUCACUUGACCUCAUUAAGAGUGCUCAAUUUGGUAAGAAAUUCUCUUAGUUUUUUACCACAAUCUUUAUUGAAUUGUGAAAAUUUAGUUGCUCUAUGGCUCUCUGAAAAUCAAAGUAAGCCAUUGGUACCCAUGCACUCGGAGGUGGAUUCUCAUACUUAUGAACAAGUCCUAACCUGCUAUCUUUUUCCUCAAGUUCCCUUGGAACCUAUUGAGUUAAAGAUAGAAAAAGAGAAGCCUGAAACUGGUGAUGCACAUAAUUCUGUUAGACACAUCAGUUUUGUUGAUAUGAAGCCCACAGUAAAAGUUCCAGAAAAGGGUGGACAAUUGCGCCGUGCACCAACUCCCUAUCCAAAAGAACUUAGAGCUAUGGCAAAACAUGCUAGAAACAUUCACAAAGAUGGAGCUCAAGAUGUUGCCCCGUUGCAAAACCCUGUUCAUAUCAAAGCUGCAAAAAUAACGCCUACCUUGCAGCAGAGAUUUGCUUCAGACAAUCAGAAACAAGACAUAAGCACUUCAGGCAAAGAAAAUACAAAUCCUACAAAUCAAGAUCCUAUGAAUGUAUCUGUUUAUGAUAAUCUUCCUAUUGACAAUACCUAUGACAAGCCCUUAGAUCUUGCACAAGAACAAGAUAAAACAUAUAAAAGUGUAGACCAUGCAUUAUACUCCGAGAAUCAAGUAAAUGAGGUCAAUAAUUAUAAAGAUGAUUCUUCUACUUACUCACUAGCCCCUACUCACUAUAGCUUUAGUCAAAAUGAAAAGUACAUACGGCAAGAGCCAAGUCGGAACCCUAGUUGUCAAGUCCAACACAGUAAUUAUUUAGAACACGAACGUUUUUUACCCAAUUGUGAAGAUAGCUAUAGAAAUUGCACUGAAGAAUCUUGUGAACAAAUGCAGAGAUUAAGCCUCAGCUCACAAGAUAGGCAUUGUGCUGACGAAUCUUUGUUAGCAUCACAUUUCAGGGAUACUUCAUAUGAUUCAAGAUGUAUGGUGGACAGCAAUCUUGGGUGUGAUGCAAUAUAUAGUACUAAAGAAACAUGUUACGGUAGAACUGACGAAAGUUUUCAUGAAUCAACAUAUCGGGGAGAAACAUAUUCAUCUGCAAGAGAAAAGCUAUUUGGGCGUAAAAAUUAUGACGUUUUUAACUAUCACCCGAAUGUGAAUCGUCAACUACCAAGUCCUCGGUUACAUACUGUGAGUCAAAUUGUAAGCUCUACAACAAUGCCUAACAUUAGUCAUUAUAAUAAUGUUCGGUCCAGCCCUAGAGAAGACUUGCAUUUUCCUGCAGCUAUGCAUACUGCAUCCUCAGCUAAUGCUAAUAUGUAUGAUAUAUCAUCGUCUAGCCCAACAUAUGUUGCUACACAAUCACCUGAACUCUAUUCUCCAACUGGACAUACAAAUGACACCAACCCCUAUCGUAUGACAAAUACACCUUUGGUAUCAGAUGAUGGUAGCUUUGGUCAUUUACAGCCAAUGCUUCCUCAAAAUAUGUAUGAUUUAUAUGAAGCAAUACCGGCUUCCUCUACUGAACCAAAUAUAAUAAAUAGGCACAGCCCUAGUGGGCCUGAUGGAGGUUAUAUGCGAGGCCAGCCACCGCCUUAUCAUAUAGCAGCACCAUAUACAAAACAUGCUCAGUAUUUUAAUGGAACUGGUGGAUAGCCAUACGCAUGCCAGUGGCAUAAAAGGCACUACUAGUCUCUUGGUAUAUUUAUCCUUAAUUUAGGAAAAACAAUUUAUUAAUUGUGAUAUGUUGUAUGAAAUUUAAUAUUUAAAUAUUGUAAGGUGCUAUGGUAUGGAACACUGGUUUGUUAUUGAAAUUAUUUUUAUGGAAAAAGUUUAAAUGAAAAAGAUAAAAAUAUAGGUACUUCUAAAGUACAAUGUGUAUCAACUAUGUUGUUUCAUCAUAUUGUUCAGGAAAUUAAUAAUUUUAAAAUUGAAGUUGUAAUAAAUUGUAAGUGACAUAACUUGUUGUUUUAUCCAUUAAUGUAGUAAUUUCAAAAAAUAUGUAGUUUGAUGUAAUAUUAAUAGAGUUGCAAUUUAACAAUCCAUGACAAUUUAAAUAUAAUAAUACAAAUAAAAUUAAUUAUAAUUUUGCUGCAUUUUAGGUGUUAUAUAUUAUAUGCAUAUGUUCAAGGUGUUUUAAUUAUAAAUAUGCACACAACAAACAAUUUUCGCGUAUUUUACUGCUAUUUCUUAAUUUUUGUCUGCUCAACUAUAAAAUGCCAAAACAUUUUAUACCACUUUUAUAAUACACUAUUACUAUUGUAUAAUAGAUAUAUUACAAUGAUGUUAUAUAAAAUAUAUGUAUGUUAUUUUAAAAUAUUUGAUAAUGAUAUCCCCAUUUGCUAUUUUCAUCUACUAAUAUUAAAAAGGUGCUCAAAUUUCCAGUAAUUUUAUAGCCGCAUAAACAUAAAAUUUUAUUAAAAAAUACUUAUUUGCUGCAAUUUCAUAAAUAUUUUUUGGUACAUAAUUGAUAUUUCGAAAACUUUUUUCCUCACCGGUGUUACAAAAAUGAUUUUUUUAAUGUGUUUUUUUUAGAAUUAUUUAAUUUUUCCUUAUUCAGCUUGUGCAUAAUUAUUGUAAUAUGUGACUUACUCUUACAUUACUGUGGUUUUGUCAAUUUUAAUCGCCUGCAGUAUUAUUAUGUGAUAUAACAAAAAUAAGCAGUCGUUUUUAUCAGGCUUUUUUUGUAUGGAAAAUGUAUUUUUAUAUUCUCUUUUUCAAAACGUUUAUUUUAGUUCACACACAUAUUUUGAAAUUUUGGCAAUAUGCAUAAUUUUUUAAUUACAAAAAUUGUAUUUUUCAUAUAUUUUUACCAUCUAGUCAAUUCAACUACCAAUACGAAAAUGUAAAAAAAUAUAUUUUAAAGCAAUAGCUUUCGGAUUUAUAAUUUAUUUACUGAAAUAAAUAUUGACAUUCCGAAUAAUGAGUUUUUUAAAAUGAAUACUUUGACACACUAAUACUUUUUGUAUUAUUUUGAAAUUACGCAUAUACGUAUUAUAUUACGCAUAUUAAAAUUAUUAUUGUACAUUGGUCAGAUAUAUAUUUUAUGAUAUAUUAAGUUCGCCAUUAUGUUCUACUCUCGUCCUUUUAAUCCGUAGUUCUUAAAAUGUAAAUUCAUUCAGUGACAAGGAAAUAUAACAAAUCCAUUGUUAUUCUAUUGAUAUAAAGGUAUUUUCAACUCGUUGUCAUUCACGGAACAGAUGAAUAAGAAUAGAAGGAUAAUAUAUCAUUCAACCGCAAGCCUGCCACUAUAGUGGUCAUGAGGUUUCAGUACAAAUUCGACCAAAGGCUAUUAUUUAAUCUUAUUUAUCUAUCCCGUGUUGUGUAUAUAUGAUAUAAAUAUUCAUUGUCACAGUUCCUAAAGACUGAAAACAUAAACAUUAAACAUAUCAUUUAUAUAAAUCCAUCACAAUGCAUAAUAUUAUGAAGUGUAAUGUUGUAAUCUGUGAAUUAAUAUUUUUUUAUGUUUUUCUUCAUCUAUUUAGCACAUAAAUACUAAUUACAAUAAGUUAAUACGAAUUAUUUUUACUAUUUUUUACAUACUAUAAUGCCUACAUGUUAACUUCUCAAAUUAUCGUCCAGUAUAUUUCCGCCCACUUAAAUUUUUUUACCAAUUUUUUACAUUUUCCACGUUAUUUACUUGAAUCUUUAAAAUUAUUGACUAUAACCUCAUGGUUGCAUAUAAAAGAAUUAAAAUCGUUAUAAUGCAUAGUUGGCAAUAACCGUUAGCGAAUUUAAAUCUAAAAUAGUAACCGACUGCUUUAUUACCAAUGUGUAUUUUUAAUAUAGUUUUAACGAAUUAUUUGUAUAUCUAAUGUAAUAUUGCAAGUAGUCUUAUAAGUACCUACUGUGUAAUAUUUUAUUUUAAUGUUGAAAAGUAUUUUAUUUAGCAGCCAUAUGAAAAGUUAGUGAAUUAUAAUUUAUAACGAUUAUUAUUUUGUAUACUUGUUAUUAUAUUAACUACAGGGACAUCACUCACGUACAAAAUCAUAAAAUACGUAUUGUGUCGACAAAAUAAAUUAUAAUAUAGAGCACAAUUAUAAUUGUAAUGUAAAUGUAAUAUUUAAAAAUAUUUGACAAACUAGGUGUGUGUGUGGAAGCUAAGAGGGCAACUUUCUUUAAUGUAAUCUUGGUUAUUUUAUAUAAAAACUCGGUCCGCCAUUUUCCAUUAACUAUUUGACCCGCUUUUCCAUAUACGCCUAGUAAUUCGUUAAGCAGUUUGUAUCACAAGCCAAUGUUUGUAAAAACUCAUAGUUUCGCACUUGUAUAAAUCAAAAUCACUACGAAUCUAGGAUUGUUGCGACGAGAAUAAUUAGUUAAAUAUUUGUCCUGUAGGUGAAUACCAAAAACUAGAAAAUCGGAUGUAGUCCGAUUGGAAAAUCAGAAAAUUGGUAGCUAAGAAUAUAGUUUAUUCUUAUUUUACGUAAAUUAUUAACAGUUUAUAAAAUGUCGUAUAGUUUAAUUGGAUUUGUAGGGUCGCAAUAAAGUGUUUUAAAUAGAAAAA